CUCUAAUCGACGUUGGCGUUCGAUCGGUCAGGUUCGAAGUUAUUGACGUAGGUGUUUCAUCGCCUUUAUACUUGUCAUCACCGUAAAUUUACGUUCAUUUGCUUGUUACACGGAUACACUCUCACACCAGAUAAAUGAUAAGAUAGAUAUGAAAGUGAAGAUUUCGUUUUUUGCCUGAUGUGAGCCCUAAUUUCCUUAAGGUUGCGUUAGUUCGGGUCAAACAUGGCGUCGACAACAGAGGAACAGACGGGAAAUUUUAGUCUACCAAGCGCUUUCGGUGGAGCACACCCUGGUAAAUCAGUGUUAAAAGAAGCUGUUGAUGCUGUCUUGAAUUCUUUUGCUAAGCACACGCAUGGUUAUGGUAGAGGUAAGUUUACAGUUUGUUAUAUCAUUCCCAACGCCACGAACGAACCGAAUGGUUCGUAGGACAAGGUUUUCGAACAGAAAUCAGCUCAUUUAACGUUCGUAUCUUUGUUUGCACUCCUACUCAGUGCAACCAUGACGUUUAAAUUUUCCACAUGAUGGUAAGCUAGGUGUCAGUGUUACGCUGUUUAUGUUUACAGUUCGGUAUGGGCUCUCGACGCGAUUGUGUCAUAAAAAGCCUUUAGGCUUUCGAAUUGUUUCCCGUGUAGCUUUUCUUUCUUUUAUUCCGCGUUUACAAUUUUUCAUCCUUGUUCCAUAAAUGAAGAAGUGAGUCAAAAAUCAUAAACAUCUUAUUCGCCAAUACUUCCUUAAUAUAUUUAACAUUAUUUUCAAAUUUAUUAUUCGAUAUGAUAGAAUGUUGCAAGCAUUUCAUGACACUGUCAAUCGAUUGUGCACGAAUAUUUAAUUUGAGCGACUCCAAUAAAGCGCCAAUUUAGGAGUCAUUAAACGUCGAAGGCUCCGACAUCAUCAAUUAUAUUUUGAAGACGUGCCCAAUUUUCAUGUAAAGAUCAUGGUGAUUUCGCACACGAUAAGCGGACGUGUUAUCUGUUCUAACUUAAUUGAUACGAGUCGUCGUCUUCGCAAUCUAAAAUAAUUAUUAUGGGCUGAAGGGUUGUUGUAAUUAUGGAUUUUAAGUCUCGAGUUGACUAUGAUAUUUACGUUUGUUUUCCCAUUAAAAUUGAACAUGAAUAUAUAAUUUUAAGUUUGUAAGCUUCAUUGCAACCUGUUUCUUUGGAAGUCAUGUGUAAAAUGCUCCGAUUAAGAGUUCAUGUUUACGCUUUACUACAGUGCCAGCAAGCUUGUUCAUUAAUUUACACUACAUAUAUCAUCUAAAUUGCUUGUCAGAUAGCUGAUAUGAUUAUGGCAUCCCAAUCUACAUGUCACCAAUAUAUCAAUUAGGGUCAGAGGUUAAUGUUUAACACAAGUAUAGGACAACAACGUUUUAGAAAAUUAAUCUGUUGAGUAAUCUAAAUUUUGUGGCUGAGUUACCAUGGUGGCAAAACAUUCUAGAGUUGUUCCAUCACGAUUUUGUACAUUUGCAGCAAAUUAAAAAUUAAUGGAACAAACUGAAAGCAGUUCUUAGAUUUUUUAGCAGAUUUUAUUAUGGCCAUUCUGUGACCCAGUUAAAUGUCUUAAGAAGAAAAGAUGUCAUUUUUUCAGAGUAAUAAAAAAUUUGUUUAACUAAGAUAAAAGUCCUUAUAUAAACUGCCUGUCGAGGCAGAUGCACCCCAAUGCAAUGAAAUGAAUAAAAAGGUUGUGAGGUUUGUUGGAGGUGGUUAAGAUUAAAAUGCUGUGGCUUAAAAAUGAUGGACUCACAGAUUAAGGUUAAAUUUCCUAUAAAUAAACAAUCCAUGAUUUAGUUUCUGUCAUUGAAGGAAACUUUUGUUUCCUAAUCACCUUAAAUUGUCACUGAGUUUUCCUAACUCCAUCAGAAAACACUUAAUGGGUGUGAAACUUAGCUACUGAAGUUAGAGUUACCAUUUGGGAGUACAGAUUUCUGUUUUCACACAAUUAUCCUUUUCACUCUGUUAUUAGAAUACUUACUCUCCAUGUAUUUCUUAAGGCACUGACAAGUAUGAUUUAUCAAGUAUGAUUUUGAUUUUUAAAUUAUCACUACUAAUCAGCGCUACCACCAGUGCCUUUGUUUGGAAGCUUGGCAUAUUAACUCCGCCCAUGCUCCUUUAAAUCGUGACGAUGGCGGUUUGCUUCCUGAUGUCUAUUUACACCUCAUCAGAAAAAAGGCCGCUAAUUAGUGAUCAUAUUAAAGGACCUCUUGUUGCAGCGUUUAGAUCACCCCUAAUGAAGGCACUAGACAGGAGUGUCGAAACGUUGGGUCUAUGAAUUGUAACUUCUUUGGUUACAUUCAUUAAAUCUGCAAACCAGAGUAGCAUCAAACUAUGUCUGAUUGUCCACCUGGUUGCUGUGUGAACUUUAAUAUAAAGUAUGAUUUCUUUCACAAUCAAGUGGUCUUAAGUUGGUGAUCAUUUCCUUCACUCUUGUGGCCUUAAUGUGUGAUUCAGGAGUGACAUUGUAAGGAGAAACUAGAUGCUGGUCGCUCAUACAGAUUAAUGGGCUAUGGUCACUGCUUUUCAAAUCAUAAUUGCAUUAAAGCAUGAUACACAUGUACAGCAAUAUCAUCUCUUGUCCAUUUACCUACUAACAAUGUUUACAAACAAACACCUAUGUAUAUUAAUGCAUGCAUGUCUUUUACUCAAGUGUUCAUUGUUUUUCAGUUAAUGUUAUAGAAGCAUUACAAGAAUUUUGGCAAAUGAAGGAAACACGAGGUGCAUCUCUCAAAGGUGGCUCUACAGUUCUGUAUGAGCCAGAGCCUUCUGAGAAGCCACCAUACGUUUGUUAUGUUAGUCUUCCUGGUGGCAGCUGUUUUGGGAGUUUUCAACCGUGUCCAACAAAAGCCGAGGCUCGAAGAAGUGCUGCAAAGAUUGCCCUAAUGAACUCUGUGUUUAACGAGCAUCCUUCCAGGUAAUACAGUCAAAAGCACCUCAUUUACUAAUUAACAAUUUAUUUACCACAAACCUCAUGGUCUCCCUCUAGUUGAUGAUAAAUUUACUCUUACAAACCACAAGCAUUUCAUGUUAAACUUAUAAUAGAAAUUGUAAUUCUUCAAAGUCACAUAGUUGUCACUAUAGCAAUCUGGUUUUCCUGUGAUAUUAAAGACUGGUCUCUCUGUCUCCUGACUGGCAGUUCAGGGACAGAUUUUCAUGUCAAAGUUGACUGAAAGUCUGAUAGAAAUUAUUGCUCCAAGGCAGAUUUGAAUUUCUGAAAUGAAAAUUGGUUGCAUUUUUAGAAAGCAAGACUAUUGCUUUAGUUGUUUAAUUUUAAUUAUCACAAAAAGGAAUUUUAAAUGAUCCAAGCUAGGAAACAAAAUUAAUACAGGGUCUUGGCCUAAGAGAUGCCCGUCUUUGUUAAUGUAGUAGUAGAUCUUUUGCCAUCUAGAUGUGGAAAUAUGGCCGGGGUUUAUUGUACAGAAGUGGUCACCAGUCUGUAUGACUCAACUGUAGUAGCAGUCUGGUAUAAUUUCAGUACUACAUGUAAAGGAACUUUUGAUUCUUACCUCCAUAAAAUUUAAAGGCUAAACUGACCAAUAAUUUACAAUUCACAGAAAUUGAAAAAAUAUCCACCACUUUCACUGACUGUGGUGAAUAAUUGUUAUAAGCAAACAAGUAUACAAUACAGAUAAUGACCAACAAAUUAGGUUUUUUUCCUCUCCCAAUAUUCCAAGAUUAGAAGGCUCGGAAAUUAUACUCUUGAUUCACAAUUUUGCCUCUUUGGCUGCUCAGAAUUCUUGCUCUUCACUUGUUGGGAAAACACUUGUCAGUCAAGAAAAUUAGGAGAAUUGAUCCAUUGGAUUAUUACUGUUUUCUUCAACAGAAAAAUCACUGAUGACUUUGUUGAGUCUGCAGUCAAAGAAGCUGAGUCCACAGAAACGCAGAUUGCUUUGAAGAGAAGGACAAUUAAUCUAGGGGCAGACAGCUCUAAAGAUCCUAAUACUGGUGUGGGAGCAUUCCGAUUUAUGCUGGAAUCAAACAAGGGAAAAACUAUGUUGGAAUUCCAAGAUCUUAUGACAAUAUUUCAAUUACUUCACUGGAAUGGCAGUUUGAAAGCAAUGAGGGAUAGGAACUGCUCUCGACAGGAAGUGUUGGAGCAUUAUGCAGAAAGAACUAUUGAUGAUGAGAUGAGAAGUCAGAUGGCAUUGGACUGGAUAUCUCGGGAACAAGAACAACAAGGAGUGAUCAAGAGAGAACUUGACAAGGCUCUAAAGGAGUUGGAACAGUGCCGUUUGAGUGGACGUGAACUGAGGUUUCCUAAAGAAAAACGUGACAUUUUAAUGCUUGCUCGGAGUCAAAUAGGAAAAGUUUAA